UCCUAUCUAUCCUCUGUCUCUCUCUCUCUCUCUCUCUCUCUCUCUCUCUCUCUCUCUCUCUCUCUCUCUCUCUAUAUAUAUCUAUCCUAUCUCUAUCCUAUCUAUCCUAUCUAUCUAUCCUCUCUCUCUCUCUCUCUCUCUCUCUCUCUCUCUCUCUCUCUCUCUAUCUAUCUAUCUAUCUAUAUAAAUACAUAAAUAAUUCCUCAUAUACUAUAUUCGAGAUGUUCUCACCGGAGGUUGUAGCUGCCGCUCAAUCGGGGCGUGCGGAACAGCAGUACGCCCUGGGACUUUGGUACAAGAAAGGCAAAGAUGUGAAAUCUGAUGCCAUCAAGGCCGCCGAGUGGUUUCAGCUGGCAGCUACUCAAGGACAUCCGUUUGCACAGUAUGAAUUGGGCUUGUGCUAUGCCAAAGGCCUCGGUGUCAACAUUGACAGGUCUCAGGCUGUGGGCCUGUUCGAGCUGGCAGCGAAGAAAGGCCACAGCGAUGCCCAAUACGAGCUGGGGUUAUGUUAUUGUCGAGGCCAAGGGGUGGGUGUGGACGAAGACAAGGCGCUGGAAUGGUUUGAAUCGGCAGCGAACCAGGGUCACGUGAGAGCGAAGUACAAGGUGGAAUUCAUGACGUCGCACAAAAAACGAAACGCGCUGCAGAACAGUGGGGGAGGUGGGGUUGGUGGGGGAGGUGGGGGGGGUGGGGAACCCUCCUCCUCCUCCUCCUCUGCUUCUUUGUCGUCGUCCUUCUCCUCUAGGGGCAUGAUUGGAGAUCGCCCGACGGCUGCGGCAGGCCAUGGCGGCACUGGAGGGGUCCAUCCCCCCCCUUUCUCGAGCAACCCCAUGGGAGGUAGCAGUUGCAGCAGCUGGCAUCAUGCUGAAAUCCACCCCCUCGACAGCAGCAGCUCCCCUCCUCCCCCCCCUGCAGCGCCCCCCCCUUCUCCCUCUCCUCACUCUCUCGACUCUGCUGCUGCCGAUCACUUGUGGCUGGGAGCAGCAGCUGGAGGUGGAGGAGGUGGAGGUGGUUAUCGUCCUUCCCCUCGCGAUGAUGCGCGAAGAUACGUCGAAGAAAACUGUGCUAAAAAUAGCAACAACAACAACAAGAACGUCAACAACAAUUCUCUCAACAGCCUCAUCAACCGUAUUCGCUCAGAGUGCCACGUGGAUGAUGACACCGCUGAUGACGACGAGAACUACGACGACGACGGCGUGAACACGGCCGCAGCCGCGAGUCCUGCGCACGAAGGCGGCUCCCCUCUCCCCUCCGAUCUCCUCCAUGCGGACGACUUCGUCGUUGUGCACUACCCGGAGCCCGAGGAGGAUGAGAUACUUAUCCUGUUCAAGCUCUACAAUCCCAAGCUUGAGCAGCUGCGCUAUGUGGGCCAGCGGCUCGUUCGGCUCACCUCCAUGCCCAUGGAUUUGACCGCAGAGAUGACCAAGUUCGCCGGCUUUGCCCCCGACGAAGGGAUCAUUCUCUGGAAAGAGAACAAGUUCGCUGAACCUAGGUACCGAUUCGUUGACAUGGACACGACCUUCGCGGACAGCGGACUUGUGGACGGCGAUAUCGUGUGCUAUCAACGCACUUCGGAGGUGGGGGAGAUGGACCGCUUCCGAUUCCCAGACAUUCCCUCCUACUUCCAUCACCUGGGAUCCCGACAGGUCCUGCAUUUUCGCCGACUGAGGCAGCCGCAAGACGACGACUUUGUGCUCACGAUGUCUGCCACCGAUCCCUUCUCCUCCGUUCUCGAAAAUGUGGGCUCCCGCACCGGGGUCUCUGACAUCCAACGUAUCCGGAUUGCAGGCCAUAGCCCCGACUACCAUCUGCCGAAUGUCGUCGGGAUCGAGUGCGAGGAUGCGACGCCUGUGUCUGCCCUGCUCUCCCUGUACAAUUUGGGUGCAGACAUCUUUUAUUACGAAAUCAUAGACUUCAUGAUCCCCAUGCAUGGACUGAAGAUCCUAAGGGUGUCCUUUUACAAUGAGCAGGUCGAGAAGAUGGCUGAUUGCACGUUGAGGCUUCCGAAGACGACGACGGUGGAGGAGGUGGCUCUGGAGAUGAAGACCAAACCUGAGGUCCGCCAGUGCCUGUCGAGCCCUGGCGCUGCAGUCCGGAUCGCGGCCAUUGUGAACAACAAGUUUUGCAAGCUCCUCGGUCCCGAUCUCGAGGUCCAGGCCUUGCACCUGUAUAACCAACACUGCGAGUUUCGAGCUGAAGAGGUUAUGGGGAGAAUUAUGGGGAUGGAGGAGGUGGAGGAGAGAGGGGGGGAGGAGGAGCUUCCUGACGGGUCGACGAUGACCCCCAGCAGCACCACCACCACCACCACGACGACGGCGGCGAGGACAUCAGUAGCCGCCGCCCAGUGUCCGAAGGCGGCACCGAAGAAGACGACGAGGAUGAUGAUGCUUCACGUCUGUCACUUUGAUCGGCCGAUUUCGCGCGGGCGCAAAGUGUGCUUGUUUGGAAGUCCCUUCUUUGUCCCCGUUGGUCAAACCGACAGCCUCGCUUCGGUCAAACAGACAAUUCAACGGAAACUGAACGCCCCGGCGGAGGAAUUUUGCGAGUGGAGAUUUGCAAUGUUGAAGAUGAAGUGGGUGGAUGUUGUGUCCGAUGCGGAGCCCACUUAUCUCAAGGACGAAGACAUCGUGGCUGUCAAGUUCGACGGGAAGCUGAUCUCCCCUGAGUCCAUCUCCUCUGGCCUGCUCGAGGAGGAUUUCCUAAUGGAGAAAGAGAUCGUUGUGAUGGGCUUGGAACACGAUUUUCCCAAUAGACGAGGAGGAGGAGGAGGAGGAGGAGGAGGGAUUGGGAGAUGGUUUCAGGGUUCAUCUGUUUGCGAAGAGUUUCAUGACGGGUCAAUUGGAGGUGUGGAAGGAGAAGGAGCCAGUGUUUCGAGAGCAUCGGAGGAAGACGACGAAGAAGACAUGGUCGAAGUUGUGGCAGAAGGGUACAACCCCUUUGGGGCCUUUGAAUGGGAGGAGGAGGAUGAGCAGACUACUAGUUCUACUAAUAUGCCUACUGCUCCUCCUCCUCCUCCUCCUCCUCCUCUCAGGCAAGCCCUUGAUCUGUCAGCGAGUGGAUCCCAGGCACUCGAUCAUCGGCAACUGGGCGGCGGCGGCGGCGCUGGCGACAUGGAGGUGGUGUCCGUGAUGAGCAGGCUGGAGGAGAAGGAAGAGGAGGUGCGAUCUGCGCUGGCAAAGGAGAAGGCCAUGGAGGCCAAGGUGAUUGAGCUGACGGAAGAGAUAGAGGCGCUCAAGACGUCGCUGGACCGGAAUGCAUCCACACUUGCGGAGAAGGAUGGCGAGAUUUUGCAGAUGAAGGCUCAGCUGCUGGAGGCUGCGGAGGCGUCCCUCUCUCAUCAGAGGGAUGUGCAGCUGGCAGCAGCGGCAGCGCAGUGCAACUUGCACGAUGCAGAGGAAUGUGAAAGGUCCACGACUGAGCUCCGGGCGAGGGUGGAGGACACCGAAAGACAACUGAUGGACGCCCGUGCGAGAGAGGCGGAUUUGACGGAGAAACUCAAGGCGGUGAAAGUGCGGAGGGACGAGAGUGGGCAGGAGCUGAGGGAGUGGCAGACCAAAGCCUGCGAGGCACAAGAGCAAGCAAAGAGAAUGCAGGCGGAAGUCGACGAGUCAGCACGGAGGGAGGCGGAGGCAUCGCAGCAAAUGACGGUGUGGAAAGUGGCCGCCGAAGAGGCUCGCAAGCAGCUGGAGGAGUGGGAAAGCAGAGAAACCACCGCGAACUUGGGGCUGCAGCAGAAGACGGAGGAGAUAGAGUAUCUCCAGGGCGAACUGUCGUGCGAGCGAGAAAGAACAGAAUCUCUGAGAAGGGUCUCGAGGGAGUUCCAGAAGAAAGCAGAAGAUGCGCAGACAAAAAUGGAGGAGCUCGAGGAUCGCCUGCGCGCGAUGGAAUCUGUGCUGUCGAGCAAGGACAGUGAGAUCGGGUCGCUCAAGGAAGCUCAGGAAAGGCUCGCUGCUGUCGAAGUGCUCUCGGACGAAAAUUGCAGCAGCAGCGAUUCGCAGCUGCACGGUCUGCAGGAGGAGUUGCAGGAGAAGCUCGAGGCCACGGAGUCAUGGCUGAGAGAAAAGGAGGCGGAACUUGAGGCACUUAGAGUAAAGUUCAAGGAGAAGGAGAUGGUACUGUCAACGAAGCACUUUGUGGAGUCGGCGCGCCAGUUGAAGGAGAUCGACUUCCUGCUGAAGAGUCUCGAAGAGGUGGAAUUGAGAGCGGAGGAGGCGACGAAGAAGAUCACGGAGAUGUCGUCGUGGACGGUGGCGGCGGAGGAGAAGCUGCAGAAGCAGGAGCUGGAGAUCGACCGUCUGAAGUCUAAUUUGGAGACGAGGUUGGGAGAGAGGGACGCGGCUACGAGGCAGCAACAGGAAGAGUGGGAGGGGAAGCUGCGGGCCAAGGACGAGGAGGUAGCACGUCUCAAACAGACGAUGGAUCGGAAGUCGAACGAGAUCAUGCAGCUCAAGGAGAGGUUGGCCCGGGAGUCGAUGGAGGCGCAGACGCGGUCUUCUCAGAAGAUGGCAGAUCUCGACAAACAGUUAGCUGACAAGAAUGUGGAGAUGGCGCGCCUGAAGGAGCGGUUGAGGACCGGAGAAAAGGAGAGGAAGAUGGCACUGCAGGGAGUCGAAGAGCUUGAGGUAAUUGUGGGAAAGAUCGAAGCAGAUUCGGCGCAGAAACUGCAGCAUCUUCAGGAGGAGAUCAAACGAAGAGAUGCACAGAUCAGCGUGCUGAAUGGCCAGAUGGAAGCGAAGGCCGAAGACGCAAAGGAGGCGGAGUCGUUAUACGGACUUCUGCAAGAGAUGGAGCACAGAUUAGAGGAACUGAGGCACGAACACGAGAGCCUUCAGAACAGAGCCCAGCAGGAGCUGAAGGAGAGGGAGAUGGAAAACCGAAAGCUAUGGAACUCGCUGCAGCUGCGGGAGAGGGAAGUCGAAGCACUGACUCGGCGCUCACAGGUGAUGGAGAAGCAGAUGGAAGAUACACGACGGGCAAUGUCAACGAUGCAGGCGCAGUCGAGAUCGAAGUCCAGCUCUAGCGAGAAGGAGGCCAAAAUCAAUCAAUUCAAGAGUCAACUGCAAGAAAGGGAUAAAGAUCUGGGUUUGGCAUUCAAGAGGCUGGAUGAACUGGAGAAGAGUCUGGAGAAUGCGCAUCAGGAGGCGGCAGCACUUCGCGAACGCUGCCAGACGACCGACCUCCAAAUCGAAGAAAGCAAUUUGGAGCUAGCGCUGGCGCGAAGCGAGCUAGAGGCAAAGGACAAGGAUGUGGAACGUCUCAGAGAAACCGUCGAAAAAUUGCAAACUCAGGUGGCAGAGAUCCGACAGAUGCAGAAGGGAGCUCACAAACCGGUCACGAAGACCGUCGUUCACUAUCCGUUCCCGCUGCACGAUUGACAGGUACAUAAACAAAAGGGGAAAAGACUU